UUUUUAAAUGAUAGUAGUACUAACAGUAUAUGAGAGUACAGUCACUGCAAAAAGUAUCGGGGUAAUGGCUGAUCAAAUAGAUUUUAUCAUUUGUAUAAAUUGAAUUAAAAACGGAAAAAAUAAAUUUUAUUCAAUUAAUAAAAGCUUUUCAAAUUGAUCUUCGGAGAAGUUUAUAAUCUGGCAUAUGGUUAUGAAUGAGUGAGAUACAUAAUCUUAUACACCAAUGAAAUGGGCGCAUAGUGUAGAUAAUGUUUCUAAAAAAUAGUAUUGACGUACGAUAAUGGUGAUAUGUAAAUGUUUAUGUGUAUUUUAAAAAGUGAUAUAAAGAUACGAAAUGUUGUUGAAUAAAAUCAAUUACGUGAUAAUGUUUAAACAUUGAAUACAAUUUUCAAUUAGAAUUUCAUUCUCUCAAAAAAUACAUUAUUUUAAUACAAGUGAAGUAUUUAAAAAAUAAGUCAACAUUAUGUCGAAAAAAAAUUACGUAUCAUUGGAAAAAUCACAAAGAUCCAAACAAAAUGAAAUACCUGUUAAAGAUAAUGUUUCACUAGUCGAAAGAAUGAAGCCUAUGAAUUUUACUUCUUACAUGGGUCAAAAACAUGUGAUCGGACCUAAUACAAUAUUACGUAGCUUUUUGGAAAUAGGAGAAAUUCCUAGUAUGAUAUUGUGGGGACCACCAGGCUGUGGUAAGAAAUCUUUAGUCAAUAUUAUAAUACAAUUAACCAAAGAAAAGUUCCAAGAUAAAACGCAUAUUGUAAAAUUAGCUGCAACAACGUGUGGCAUUGGAGAAGUUAAAACAGCUGUAGAAAAGGCAAAAAGUUCAUUGAAAUUUGGUCAUAGAACAAUUGUCUUUAUGGAUAACAUCCACCGUUUCAAUAAACUACAACAAGAUAUAUUCUUACCACACGUAGAAGCUGGGACAUUUAUUCUCAUUGGAGCAACAAUAGAAAAUCCUUCGUACAGUUUGAAUUCAGCAUUGCUAAGUCGUUGCCGUAUAUUUUCAUUAAGUAAAUUAUCACCCAAAGACAUCAUUGAAAUACUUAAGAAAAGCAUACAUUCCAUGGAUGGUAGAAUCCAUAAUUCCCAGAAUUCUGACAAUGCUUCAAAAUUUAUAAUUCAUAGUGACACAUUGGAAUGGUUAGCUGAAGUAUGUGAUGGAGAUGCACGAACUGCAUUAAGUGGUUUAGAAUUUGCAAUUUGUGCAAAAAAUUUAUCAUAUGAUAAAACAUCCGUUAUAAGUCUUGAAGAUAUUAAACAAGGUUUAAUAAGUAUGUACAUGGAAGCAAACAAUAAAAAUGAACAGACGUAUCAUUUAUAUUCUGCUUUGCACAAAUCAAUUUGUGCAGGCAAGCCAAAUGCUUCUUUAUAUUGGUUAGCCAGAAUAAUGGCUGCUAAAGAAGAUCCUGUGGAUAUUGCUAGACGUUUAAUCAGAAUAUCAGGCGAAGAUAUUGGUCUAGCUGAUCCAGAUGCUUUAGAUUUAGCUGUUCAUACACUGAAUGCUUGUCAAAUGAUUGGUAUGCCUGAAAGCGAUGUUCUGUUAGCACAAUGCGUAAUUUAUUUAACCAAAGCACCAAAAUCUCGUCUGAUUUAUAAUGCCCUGAAGGCAGCUCAAAAAGUUAUUAAUGAUACCAAAGAACAACCACAGCCAUAUAUUCCGUAACACAUUAAGAAGUAGAAAGAUCGCAUAAGUAUAAUUUAUUAAGGAUACAAGAAACUAAUAGUAAUCAUCUGUCAAAGAAUCUGCAUCAAAGAGGUUAAUUUAUUCCACAAAGAUCAACCAUGAUCAUUUUUGUGUACUACGUUAAUUUUUCUACAUUAUAAAAUUUCUACAUUUUCUAUAUUAUAAAAAUAAAAUUUAUUUUCUCUUC